AUGGAGGUAUGGGCACUUUUGAUUGCUCUGCUGGUGGCUCUUCUGAUUCUGCACUACCUGAAACAGCUCUGGUCACGCAGGCAUUAUCCUCCAGGACUUCUCCAGCUUCCUCUCAUUGGAGCCAUAUGGAGGUUUGGAUUCAAGAUUGAUGAAAAUACUCUCAUUCAGGUACUUAUUGCUUCGUAAUAACUCAGUCUGAUGCCAGCAAUUGUUUUAUCUAUUUCCCCCAACAAUUGUGAUAUUUCAGCUUCAACGAUGGCAUGGGUUAAAAUGAUAAAUGCCAUAAGCCUCUGUUGUCAGAAGCUGUAAGCAAUACAAAUAAUAGUAAUAAUGUAAAUAGUAUUAUUAUUAAUAUUGCAAAGCACAAAACCAUCAUAAAAGUUGAAAAUACGCAUUAAAAACUACAGAUCAAAAAUAUUUAUUGUAUACUGUUAAACUGAGGAAGGAGGAGAGAACACCCUCAAAGGAAGAAUGCUUUAUGAAAAUCUUGGAAUAUGCAGAGAUGGCAAAAAUUGAUAAAAGAUACAAAUUUAUAAUCUUUUAAAAAAGGUUAGAAAACCUCUCCGGUCUAUAUAAAAAGUUAUUUCCCAUAUGCAAAGACCACAGUGGGGUUUAAACUGUAAGAAAACAGCAGAAUAUAUUAAGAAUCAUGUUAGAGAGGAUCAAAUUAGAUAAGAUGGAACUUUAAAAUGCAAUAGUAUGUAAUUCGAGUUAUAAACAUUGAUAUUGGGUGAGUGGGAAAUCACUUGUUUUGUUGAAUUGGAAUAUAGUGGUACCUUGGGUUAAGUACUUAACUUGUUCUGGAGGUCCGUUCUUCUUCUUUUUUUUAUAAUGUUUAUUAAAUUUCCAGUUAACAAACCAAUCAUAUCACAUUAAUUCCAAAUUAUACCAAUACAUAAUAAACUCCAAAUAUUUAGCCGAAUUUUAAAUUUUUUGGUGGGGUGCCCAUGCUUUGAGUUCAGAAAGGGUCCAAUCAUCUCAUAUUUCUGCUGCUUUGAUGUUCAUAAGUCCCAUCUUUCCUUUUAUUUUAAAUGAUAUUUAUUAAAGUUUCACAUGAAAAGAAACACAUUAAUAAAAAAAAAGAAUUUAAAAAUAAAAAGAAAAAUACACAAUACAGAAUACAAAAAGAAAAAAGAAAAAACAGUUAAAAACAAUUCCAUCUUUUCAUCACUACUUUUACAUUUACUUAUUUCCCGGACCUCCUCAUACCUCCCUCUUUUGUAUUCCAAUUCAGUUUGUUUGUCCAGCAAUUCCUUUCCCUCCUUUUUAAUCCCAAUCCUUAAUCUUAAUAUAAUAUAACAUUAAAUUUUUACCUAUUAAAAACCAAUUUUCCAUUCUUUUAACCUUUUUAAUCCUAAUCCUUAUUCUUGAUCUAUAUUUAACUUUAAAGCCUGUACAGCUAGAAGCCACUUAAUUUCAAUCCAACAUCACUCUAACAUUCAUUAAUUUUGCAAUAUUUCUGUAAGUAAUCUUUGAAUUUCUUCCAAUCUUCUUCCACCGACUCUUCUCCCUGGUCACGGAUUCUGCCAGUCAUUUCCGCCAAUUCCAUAUAGUCCAUCAAUUUCAUCUGCCAUUCCUCCAGUGUGGGUAGCUCUUGUGUCUUCCAAUACUUUGCGAUGAGUAUUCUUGCUGCUGUUGUGGCAUACAUAAAGAAAGUUCUAUCCAUUUUUUAACACCGAUUGGCCGACUAUGCCCAGGAGAAAGGCCUCUGGUUUCUUCAAGAAUGUAUAUUUAAACACCUUUUUUUAAUUCAUUAUAUAUCAUCUCCCAGAAAGCCUUAAUCUUUGGGCAUGUCCACCAAAGGUGAAAAAAUGUACCUUCAGUUUCUUUACAUUUCCAACAUUUAUUAUCAGGCAAAUGGUAGAUUUUUGCAAGCUUAACUGGGGUUAUGUACCACCUGUAUAUCAUUUUCAUAAUAUUCUCUCUUAGGGCAUUACAUGCCGUAAACUUCAUACCUGUGGUCCAUAACUGUUCCCAGUCAGCGAACAUAAUGUUGUGUCCAACGUCUUGUGCCCAUUUAAUCAUAGCAGAUUUCACCGUUUCAUCCUGAGUGUUCCAUUUCAGCAGCAAGUUAUACAUUCUUGACAAAUUCUUAGUUUUGGGUUCUAACAGUUCUGUUUCUAAUUUUGAUUUUUCCACCUGGAAGCCAAUUUUCUUGUCCAAAUUGUAUGCCUCCAUUAUCUGAUAAUAAUGAAGCCAGUCUCGCACUUUGUUUUUAAUUUUUCAAAACUCUGCAAUUUCAGUCUAUCUCCAUCUUGUUCCAAAAUUUCCCAAUAUUUCGGCCAUUUGACCUCCAUAUUGAGCUUUUUCAAGGCUUUCGCUUCCAUUGGUGACAGCCACCUUGGAGUUUUGUUUUCCAAUAAAUCCUUGUAUCUUAUCCAAACAUUAAACAGUGCUUUCCUGACAAUGUGAUUUUUAAAUGCUUUAUGUGCUUUGACCUUAUCAUACCACAGAUAUGCAUGCCAUCCAAAUACAUUGUUAAAACCUUCUAGAUCCAAAAUGUCAGUGUUUUCAAGAAGCAGCCAUUCUUUCAACCAGCAAAAGGCUGCUGAUUCAUAAUAAAGUUUAAGGUCUGGCAGGGCAAAUCCACCUCUUUCCUUUGCAUCCGUUAGUAUUUUAAAUUUUAUUCUGGGCUUCUUGCCCUGCCAGACAAAUCUAGAAAUAUCUCUCUGCCACCUCUUGAAACAGUCCAUUUUGUCCACAAUUUGCAAUGUUUGAAACAAAAACAACAUUCUAGGCAAUACAUUCAUUUUUACCGCAGCAAUACGGCCCAGCAGUGAAAGCUUCAAAUUUGACCAAAUUUCUAAAUCUUUUUCACUUCAGCCCAACAUUUUUCAUAGUUAUCUUUAAAUAAAUUCCCAUUUUUUGCUGUCAUGUUAAUCCCCAGGUAUUUAACUUUCUUAACCACUGUUAAACCUGUCACAUUCUGAAACCUCUCUCUCUCCAUUAGUGUUAGAUUUUCUCUAAAACCUUAGUUUUUAACUUGUUCAAUUUAAAUCCUGCAACCUGACCAAAUUCUUGAAUCAGUUCUAAAACCCUUUUGGUACUAGAUUCUGGCUCCUGUAACGUCAGUACUAAAUCAUCUGCAAAUGCUCUCAAUUUGUACUGUUUAGCUCCGACCUGUAUACCUUUAACCAGCUGGUCCCUUCUAAUCAUGUUCAGCAAAACCUCCAGGACUGAAAUAAAAAGUAGUGGGGAAAUUGGGCAACCUUGUCGUGUCCCUUUUUCUAUUUUAAGUUCUUCCAUCACCACAUUAUUUACAAUUAAUUUAGCCUUUUGUUCUGAAUAGAUUGUACUUAUACCAUUUUCAAAGCCUUGGCCUACCCCCAUACCCUGUAGGUUCUUCUUCAUAAAGCUCCAAGAAAUAUUGUCAAAAGCUUUCUCCGCGUCCACAAAUAUCAAAACUGCUUUAGUAUUUAUAUUCACUUCUAGUUUUUCCAAAAUAUCAAUUAUAUUCCUCAAAUUGUCAGACAAGUGUCUUCCUGGGAGAAAGCCCGCUUGAUCUUUAUGAAUCUCUUCCAUCAACACUUUUUUAAAUCUCUUAGCCAAAAUGUCUGCAAAAAUUUGUAAUCCACAUUGAGUAAUGAUAUGGGGCGGUAGUUCUUAAGCUGUGUCUUUUCAGUCUCUGUUUUCGGUACAAGUGUAAUAUAAGCUUCUUUCCACGACUCUGGUGCUCUUUUCCCCUCCAUUAUUUCAUUACAGACCUCUUUCAAAGGUUGUACUAGCCAUUCUUUCAAGGAUCUGUAAUAUCCAGAAGUCAAUCCAUCCGGUCCUGGAGACUUACCCAAUUUCAUGUUUUGAAUGGCACCUUCUAUCUCCUGUUCAGUUAUUUUAUAGUUCAACAUUAAUUUAUUUUCUUGAGAGAUUUUUUUGUAAUCCAUUUGUUUUCAAAAAUUGAUCUAGAUCAGUUUCUUUCAGUGGCCCUUGUGUAUAUAGUUGUUUAAAGUACCUCUGGAAACAAUUUGUAAUCUCAGCUGGGUUCUGUAUAUUCCUUCCUUCCACUUCUAAAUUCGUAACUGUAUUUAAUUUUUGUCUUUUUUUCAUUUGCCAAGCCAACAGUUUCCCACAUUUGUUAGCCGACUCAAAUGUCUUUUGUCUCAUUUGUUUAAUUUUCCAUUCUAUUUCCUGAUUCAUCAUUUUCAUGUAUUGUACUUGGUGUAGCUUUAAUUCUCUCAGAAUCUCUUGAGAUUUUGGAUUUGUUCUCAAUCUUUUUUCACUUUCCUUUAUUUUCUCCAAUAUCUUAUCCUUCUUCUCAUUUUGAAUUCUCUUCUUUACUGCAUUCUGUUGUAUCAGAAACCCUCUCAUAACUGCUUUACUUGCGUCCCAGAUUACUCUUUUUUCCACGUUGGUAUUCAUAUUUAUCUCAAAAUAAUCUCUCAAGGUUUUUUGGGCCUUCUUUAACACUUCUUCAUCUCUAAAUAAGGUGUCAUUCAUCCUCCAUCUGAAGGAGCCAGUUGGUGUUAGUUUCAUUUCCAUCUUGACAGCAUUAUGGUCGGAGCAAGUUUUCGGGCAGAUUUCCACCUUUCUUGUCUUUGGUGCCAUUCCUCUAGUUACCCAUAUUUGGUCAAUUCUUGUCCAUGUCAUUUUGGCUUCAGAAAAGAAGGUUCCCUCUUUAGCCAUGGGGUUUCUUGUUCUCCAGAUAUCAACUAAGUCCAAGUUGUCUGUCAUCUCAAAAAAGGUUUUCGGUAGUCUACCAUCCUUAGUGACUACCUGUCUUUGUGCCUUGUCCAUAUGUGUAGAUACCACUCCAUUCAUGUCUCCCAUCAAAAUCAUGUUAUAAUCCAAAUAGUCCAUCAAAGUCUCAUGCAACUUCUUAAAAAAAUCAGAUUUCCCUUCAUUUGGUGCGUAAAUUCCUACUAUCAAAAAUUUUUCUCCUUGUGUUUGAAUUUCAAUUGCCACAAAUCUUCCUUGGUCAUCUUUAAAAAUAAAUUUCGGUGAUAAUCUGUCCUUUGCAUAAAUCACAACCCCUCUAUUUUUAACUUUGUCCGAUGAAAUAAACUCCUGGCCAAGUCUUUUAUUUAGCAAUAAUUUCCUGUGUGAGCUUGUUAUAUGUGUUUCUUGUAAGCAAAUCAAGUCCAAUUGUUCCGUUUUUAAUAAAUGAAACACAGAUUUCCUUUUCUGAGGGGAAUUGACACCAUUACAAUUCCAGCUUAAUAGUUGCAGGGCCAUGAUGUAAUUAUUUUGGUUCUCCUCCAACAGCACCCAGUGCCUGUUCCUGUUCCGUCGGUGGUAUCACGUUUUUCAGGCGGUCUUUUAGUUCCAGAGAUAGUCCUGGUGUGUCUAAAGUUUCUCUUACAAUUGCUCUUAACUCUCCUGUAACUUUCUUCUGUAGGUCUUCUCCGUGGUCUCUCCAAAAUUUGUCUUUGUCGUCUUCCGAUCUUAUUUUUAUCUUCUUUCCUUUGUAACUAAAGGAUAGGCCUUGAGGAAAUUCCCACCUAAAGUUAAUUCCGUUACUUCUCAACAGGGUAACCAGGUCUUUGUAGUUAGACCUGAGAUCCAGAAGGUGUUUCGGAAUAUCCUUGAAUAUCUCCACUUUUGACUGUUGUAUUUCCAGUGUCUUCUGGAAAUGCAAACUCAGAAUCUUGUCUCUCUCUUCUUUUGUUUGGAGAGUGAUCAAACAAUCUCUCACCUUCUUUCCCCCUCCUUUUCCAAGUCUAAAAGCAUUCACUAUUUUAAAACUGUCUUUCCCCAAAUCUGGAUUCCAAAAAUCUAGGAAUUCCUGCGUAAGAAAUUCAACUAAGUUGUCUUUCUCCACUUCAGGUACAGCUCUGACCCUUAAAUUCACUUGUUUCUCCUUCAACUCAAUCAUAGACAGGAUUAAUUUAUGGUCUUCAAGUUGUUUAUGUAGCGGUGGUAUCUUCUCUUGAACCUCUGCAACAGUAGCUGUAGCAAUUUCUUUAGCCUCUUCGGCAAUCUCACGUGUCGAAGCAGAUUCCUGUAAUAAUUUCUGAAUAGUUUCUGUAUUAGUAUUUACUUUCUGUCCCAAAUUAUUGAUACUUGCCGUAUUUUGGUUAAUACUUGUCGUAUUUUGAUCAAUCUUAUCCGAUGCCUCUGCUACUUGUUUACUUAUUCUAUCCAAAGAUUCAUUAAUUUUAGCCAGUGCCUGAGCCAGGGCAUCGUCACUUGCCAUACCUUUAGUUUUAGGUUGUGCCGAUGAAGUUGCUGUUGGGACUCCAGGGGGGCCAGAUGUCGAAGCUCUCCUUUGCAAUCCACCGUCUGUGCGAUAUACUCUGCCAGACCUUGUUGCUUGUAACAAAUCUAACUUCUCUUUCCCAUCUGCCAUACCCCUCUAGAUAAAACUCAAGGUCAGUCACACAGUCAGAGUCAAAGUUGUUUUGAAAUGGAAAGUUCCAGGAAAACAGUGUGAGAAAUUUCCUCAGGCCAGCUGCAGUUGUAGCUAGUUCCAAAUUCCACUAGGGGGACACUGUAACAGUCAUAAAGUUCUUAAAGUAAUUUACUUCUCCCUUUAGUCCCCCAAUUCACCAGAAAGAUAACAAUCUAUCUUAGGCAGUUACUUUAGGACCAGGAGAUACCUAUCAGCAAUAUUGUAUCCAAAUUGUAUUUCAGAUGCAGAGCUAGCUGUCAAAAUACGUUCAAAGACAGUACAUUCUCUUAGGCUUUUUACUGUCACUGGGAACCCGUUCCAGGGGGUUUGAGCGGUGGUUUUUAUCUCCUCUUUCUCACUUCUUCUUGGGGAAAUAACGUGCAAAACUCCCCCCCCUUCCCCCAAAUUGAGGGGGGGGGAAAAUCCCGGUUAGAUGAUCGGAUUGUAAUCCUUUUACGCUUCUUUUAAAGCUUCCGCUUUCAAGUUCAAUGCUUUGUUCUAUCUACAAGAGCGGGAGGCAGACUUCCCUUUUAUACCUCUCCGCUUCGGCCAAUUACUUCCAAUUUUUUUACAGUUCCUUUAAUUACGUAGUAAUCCUACUCACGGAUCGUUAUUUACGAAGCCAAAUUGUCAAGGAAGAAAGGCAGCGCUCUCCGGCAACAGCUACGCGGCUUCACCCCACAGAAGAAGCAGAUGACUCACAGCACAGCGCCCCUUCCCCGCUCUGUUCCGGAGCCCGUUGCCGGGUUCCUUUGCAGAUUGGGGGGGGCGCAGACAGUGCCCGCCGAGUCCCAGGGUCACAGGCUUCACCCGCCUGUGGUUUCAGGGGUCCCCGCUGCGCCGAAGCGGUAUCCGACCCUAUUUCUGUGGAGCGGGUUCCCUCCGAAUCAGAGGGAAUCCGCCAUUACCGUUGGCGUCACCUCCGGAAGUCCACAAGUCCCAUCUUUCCAUCUCUUUGUUGUUAUCCUUAACAAAUCCCGUCUUCCAAUCUUCUUGCUGUUAUCAUUUUUCUUCUUAAUAACCUCUGAGUUAUCUCCACAAGCGAGUUGAAGCAAACAUUAUUAUAGUCCUGUGUGGAUUUUCACGCUGAUCCAAAAGUCCUAUUCAAACGGCAGGCGCCAUUUCAGCAGUUCCCAUAAAAUACAGUCUAAGCGUCUGCUCAUUAACAUUCCCAGACCAGUUGCUCCAUAAAUCAGCCUUUCCAGGGGAGUACUUGCCAAAUCAAAUGUAGAAUUCAGAUAUGAUAACAGAACACUGGCUCCCUCCCCCUUUGACUGUAAAUCUUGCAACAAAGUAUGUCUCAUAAUGGCGGUUCCCAAUUAGAACUGCGUCAUCCAAAAGCCUUUUGUUACCUUUCCAGAUCUUCCGCAAAACAGAGCCUUUAGUUGAUAAUUUUAUUUCCACACAGUUUAUUUUCCCACCUCACUUGCUAUCAGUCAUGUGGCGGUUCUUCUUGGGGAGGGGUUGUUAGGUAAAUCAUAUUGAAAAAGAGAAAAGUUUUCCCCCCCCUUUUCGAUCCGUUUCAACAUACCGACAUAGUUGUGAUUCUUUGAUGUAGUCUUCUGUUCAGUCCAACCCGUCACUCAGCUUCUCAGUGGUCGAUUUAAUUAGCAAUCAGUACACCCUUUCCUUCUCUCGAAACAUGUGCAUUUACUGUUCUCCAAUUAUUUAUCUUGAGCAAUGCAACUAGGAUCACAAUCAGAAGUAGCGUCCAGGAGAUCCAAAAACUCACUCGAGGGCUUUCCGUCCAGUGCCCCCACCCCCUCCUUCCUUCAAACUCGGGGGUGAUUUAUUGGCAACUGCGGACGAGGCAGCAUUUUCCCAUCCCCUGGGAAAACUCGGGAGGCUAAUUUACUCCCAUCAUUAGCCUCUUAACCUGCCCGUUCUUACCCUGAAACUGUUCUUAACCUGAAGCACCACUUUAGCUAAUGGGGCCUCCUGCUGCUGCCGCACCGCCAGAGCAUGAUUUCUGUUCUCAUCCUGAAGCAAAGUUCUUAACCCGAGGUACUAUUUCUAGGUUAGCAGAGUCUGUAACCUGAAGCGUAUGUAACCUGAAGCGUAUGUAACCCGAAGUACCACUGUAUAAUUGUUGAGUAACAAAUGUAACUUUCUAUAUGGAAAAUUUCUAUAUUCCAAUUGUUUUGUUAAUUGGAUUAUUAUUAUUAUUAACCACCCAAUAAUACGCCCCCACAGAAAAAAACCAGAUUUUAAAAGGGCAUAGGAUGUCAAUGAAAUCAACCAAAGGCCUAGUUAAAAAGGAAGGUUUUGCCAGGUGAACUUCCCUGGCGAGAGCAUUCCACAGAUGGGGAGUCACUGCAGAGCAGGUCCAUUCUUGUGUUGCCACCCUCUGGACCUCUUAUGGAGGAGGAACACAAGGAAGGGCCUCAGAAGAUGAUUUCAGGGUCUGGGUAAGAUCAUAUCAAAAGAGGCGGUCCUUGAAGUAUUGUGGUUCUGAGCCAUUUAAGGCUUUCUAGGUCAAAACCAGCACUUUGAAUUGGGUCCAGAAACUAAUUGGUAGCUGGUGCAGCCGGACCAGGAGCGAUGUAAUAUGCUCUUGUUCUGGUGAGCAAACUGGCAGUGAUCUACCAAAUUUGUUGAGCUUUUUUAGGGAGCUAAAGUUCUUGAGCUUUCAGGGAGGUUCGGGGCCCCCCCAAGAUCUACCACAGACACAGCACGAUCUUCUAGUAGAUCACGAUCUACCUGUUGGACAUCCCUGGCCUAGAAUGCUGUGUACUUCUCCCCUUUCAACAGACGGAAGGGCAACAAGUUCGAUUGGCAAUGAAGCAGGAGCACACCAGCCUUUCUCAGCAGCAGCUCACGUGUAACUAGAGAAGACAAGAGACAAACAGAACAGGCACCUUUCCAUUGCCUCCUCCGCAAGCAUUUACUCUUUGUCAGACCAUAGUUUAGUUUAUUUGUUUGUUUCUUAAAUACAAUUAUGAGCCUUUUUUCAGCAAAAACUCUUCAAAAAAUACAAAAUUACUCAACCAUCGGAUAUGAACAUAUUAACUUUUAAAACAUUGGAAUUGGUAAUCUCUAGGCCAGACAUUUAUCAUCUUAAUUCCUUGCCAUAUAUUUGCAUGGUGGUGAUGCUCCUGCUGUAACCCACCGUGGGUCUGAAAGCUGACCCAGGACUCUAGCCCAGCCUAUGCCAACCUGGUACCCUCCAGAUGUUUUGGACUACAAUGCCCAUCUGCCCCAACCACCAUGGCCAAUAGUCAGGGAUGGUGGGAGUUCUAGUUCAAAAGCAUCUGGUGGGCUACAGGUUCCACAUCCCUGCACACACAAAGAUUGUGGCAAGAUCAUUUUCUGGCAAUGACUUGUGCAUCUUCUUGUCUGUCGCAGGAGGGCUGGUUACUAUGAAGUGUCUCUGCUGUUCUGAUCCUAGGCAGAGGCAACAUGGCUAGGAGGGAGUAAAACAAAUGGGUUGGAAUUCUUGGAGGGAGGGAGGGAGGGAGGGAGGGAGGAAGGAAGGAAGGAAAGGAGGAGGAGGAGGAGGAGGAGGAGGAGGAGGAGGAGGGGGGGGAAGGAUGAUAGCAAGAGAACUGCACAUAGUGAGAAACUGCAGAGGUGAGGGAGGAUGACGUUCUCGUAUUAAGUUGAAAUAUCCAACUGUGUUUUUUGAAUCCAUCAUUCCUCUCCUCUCUUUUGACCCAAAUGGUAGCUGGGAAAGCAACAUGGAAAUAUUUACACCAUAUGGUUAGGACAUCUACCCAUUGUAGUACUGUCUGGAUUCCAAGCAGUGAAAGAAGCGCUCAUUGACCACUCUGAAGAAUUAGACGAGCGACCUGAGACUCCUUUACUUAGGACUCUGAUAAAAGGAAAGGGUAAGUAGUGAAGAAUAAGAAUUCCUACUGGUAUUUUCUGAAGAUGAAACAUUUAAAGGGCUGUCCAGAAAAACAGAACAAAGGUUCUCUAUUACUGCUGCACACAAUGGGAAAUGCAUUACCUAGGAGCUAGGACCUAGGGGCUGAGGUCAUUCAGAGUUGCUAGUCCUCAUGCUAUCAAAUGACACGUUCAUUUGGGUGCAUGAAAACCUGGCUUCAGUACAUGUGAAUAUUUGAUUGAUUAUGACAUCUCUAAGAAACACAAUACACUGCUUCUCUCAACAAGCUCUUCCAACAUGUUUUGGGCAUGGACUCAUGUGGCAAAUAUAACAUGUGAACUUUGCAAUCACAUAGUUACUAUCAUCAUUAUAAAUUAUGAAUUGCAUUUUGCAUGUAUGCCUCAAGGCAACUUACAGAGAUAUAAAAGCAGUUUAAACUAUGAAUAAUCAUAGUUUAGAGGUCCCGGGCCCUAAGUAAGUCAGAUUAUCCCCCACCAGGGCCAGGGCCUUCUCAGUGAUGGCUCUGACCUGGUGGAGUGCUCUGUCCCAUGAGACCAGGGCCCUGCAGGAUUUAACUUCCUUCCGCGGGGACUGUAAGACAGACCUAUUCUGCCUGGCUUUCAAUUUGAACUUAGCCUGAUCUUUUAUUCGCCUUACUCCCCUCCCCUCCCCUCUUUAUGAAGAUUACCCGCUCUGGGAUCCCACAGCUAAUUCUCCCCUGGUCUCCUCUCUGGCCCAAAUAGGACUAAUAUAGCCAGCUAGCCCUGGUGAUCAUCUAAUGUUUAUUGGCUGGAUUUCCCCCCUAAAUUGAUUUUUGAAUUCUGAAUUUAUUGUUAUUCACGUUUUAUCCUGUAUUUUAUGCUGUUUUUGGCUGCAUCAAUUAAGUGUUUUAAAUUUGUUGUUUGCCACCCUGAGCCCAGUUUUCUGAACUGGGAAGGGUGGGAUAUAACUAAAAAAAUAUUAUUAUUAUUUAUUAUAAAAGUUUUUAAAACAGUACAAAAACCAACAACAGCUAAAUAUGGGUUAAAACAAUAAAAGGUAUACACCUAUUGAAGUGACCUUUGUACACGACUGGGAAAGCUUGUUGGGGAAAAAUGUCUUCCUCAUUUUUGGAAAGUACAGAGUCAUAUUCUGAAUGCAGUUCCAAAGAACAGGGACAUUCACUCUGAAAGACACAAUGUGAGUUACUGUGGGGCUGGCCUGCCCAAUAAUUCCUUUCACUAACUCCACAGUUUAUUACUGGUGCUAAGGGCUCCUCCAGAAAACGUUUUUUAAUUGCACAUUCAUAAUGAUUUGUGCUCAUAAUACUUUCAAGGUGGUUAUAUCCAACUCCAUUGUCAAUACUAUUUAUGCCUGCAAAGAUUUUGAGGUGAUCAUACACUUUCAUUUCCAUUCUGUCACAUCCUUUAACUUUCUGCUGAAAACUACAAAUGCACAAACUUAUUUUUGUCCCACUUUCGUUGCAAUGUAAAUAGUUUCCGCAGACAGAAAUAAUGCAGUAGAGUUCAGGCACCGUUGCAGAAGAAUUAACAAAGCAGAAUAUAUCCACCAUUGAUGCAUUACAUCUUGUCAAGAAUAUGGUGCAGAAUUCACCCUCAGUAAAAAUCCCAAACCUGUCUAGUUGGACCAGUAGAAGUAGUAACUGGUUGACACCACACAUUAUAUCCUUAAAAACAGUGUCGAAAAAUUGGCUGAAUUGGGUUUGUUUGGUUUUCCAUACUUUUUUAUAGAAACUUUUCAGCAACACUAACUAAACAAACAAACAAAAAAGUAAAAGAGAGAAAGAAAUGCCAAGCCCUGUCUCAAAGUAGAUCUUAUAGGCGAAGGGGAUCGAGAUAUGGAUAUGCUCAUACCCCUUCCAAUCUGCGCCUCAUUCCGAGGGACGAGGGUAGGGUGAGCAAGGUUUACUCACCUCCGUCACUGGUGCUGUGCUAUGCCAGGUCUAUAGGCAACAAAACCGCCACCCUGCGAGAUUUCUUUACCUCGCAGGGGGUCAACCUGGCUUGUGUGAUGGAGACCUGGGUGCACAAAGGGGAAACAAUUACCUUACGAGAGAUGGUGUCCUCGGGUUUCUCCUUCCUCCACCAGUCGCAGACUGUGGGCCGGGGCGGGGGGGAAGGGGUGGCAUUAUUAAUCCGGGAAGAUUGUCCUUUCAGGGCUCUACCAUCGCCAUCGAUCCCCGGCAUUGAAUGUGUUGGCUUAGUGUGGGGCUCCGAGGAGAUCUUGGCUGUCUGUCUGGUGUACCGGCCACCUAGCGCACCAGCAGCCACCCUGUCAGGCCUACUGGAGGCGUUGGCCGGCUGGACAUUGGAGUUCCCUAACCUAUUGGUAUUGGGGGAUUUCAACAUCCAUGCUGAUACCACUCCCUCCUCACAGGCUCUGGACCUGGUGUCUUCCAUGGCGACACUAGGGCUCUCCCAGUUUGUUUGGGCCCCACACAUCAAGCAGGCCACACGCUGGAUUUGAUCUUUGGCAUAGGUAUGGAUGUGAUCAUGUCUCCUUCGAUGAAGGUGCCAUGGUCUGAUCACUACGCUCUGAAAGCCAGGAUUGACUUUCCACCCCCACCCUGCUUAGGUGGUGAGCCGAUUUGGGCUCACCCGCAGAGGCUGAUGGACCCUGAUAGAUUCCGCCAAGCCUUGCGGGACCUUGCUCCCCCUGGCUACUCAUUGAUUGAGCUUGUUGAGGGCUGGAAUAUCCAGCUCCUGCCAGCCAUCGAUGAGAUCGCACAUAAGUGCCCUCUGCGACCCCGCAGAAACCGGGCUCGUACCUACGGGACCGCCUCUCCUGGUAUGUCCCACAGAGAAACUUACGGUCUUCAAAUAAAAACAUCUUGAAGUUCCCAGGCCACAGAGAGGGUAGGCUGGCCUCAACUAGAGCCAGGGCUUUUUCGGCUGUGGCUCCGAUCUGGUGGAACGCUCUGUCACAAGGGACAAGCCCUGUGGGACUUGACAUCUUUCCACAGGGCCUGCAAGACAGAGCUGUUCCACCAGGCCUUUGGCCAGGGCACAGCCUGACUCCCUCCUUUGGCAAUCUUCGUGGAGCUCUGGCCCAAUGGUUGCCAGUGGUUUGCUUUGAAUUAAUUUUAUAAUGAAUGAUUUUAGAGUGUUGUGUUGUACUGUUGUACUGUUUUAUUGUUGUUAGCCGCCCUGAGCCCGGCUUCGGCUGGGGAGGGCGGGAUAUAAAUAAAAAUUUUUAUUUUUAUUAUUUUUAUUAUUAUUAUUAUUAUUAUUAUUAUUACUACUACUACUACUACUACUAUUAUUAUUAUUAUAUCUUGUCUCACACAGACGGGAGUGGACCCUCCCAGCUCUCACCUGGGUGCUUCCCUUUCUUCCCCCAGUCUCCCAUCCUGGGAGAUCUUUCCUUCUCUGCAUCUCACACAGGGUCUUUCACCAGCCAGAUAUCACCUUCAAGUGUGUACCCAAUAGUCUUCCUCCAUUCCAGUAUGGUGACUUUAUCUCCCAAAAAAUUCCAACCAUUCCUCCAUGUUUUUUUUUUAAAAAAAAAUCCUUCAUUUCUAUUUAAACAGGAAUCUAUUAAAAAAUAAUCCAUAGUUAAUUACUUGUUGUAUAUUUAUUAUUUUACACCCAGUUUUAUACCAUACUGAGGUCUUAUUAACAACUCACUCUCCACCUUAACAGUCUGCCUUGAAAACCUGCAUCUGUCUCCUUAAUAGAGGAGCAUAUUCGUUCCCACAAUCAGAGAGGUAAAUUUCACUUUGCAGUUGGCAUUUACACCAAAGGGGCAAAGAAGUUAAAAGUAAUAUAAAAUGAGAAUUCUUAGCCAUCGGAACAACCUUAGGAGUUUAGAAUAUUUCUUAGUUGCAAAUAAUAAAAACAUGCUUUUUGUUUUGUUUUCUGCCUGUUAAUAAUUGCCUCUUCUUGUGCCAGCGUAUAGCUUGCUUUCCAAGUGAAAGUUCAAUUGGUAGAUUUAUAUCCUGGCUAUCAUUAAUCACCACAUAAUCAUCUCUGUCGGUGGAGUGUCGGCAGUAGACAUUUAGUCAGCCAUCUUUCUUCAUGGAAGUCCCUUAACUGAAUUGGGUUUGUGAUUUGAAUUUACUGUUAGUAUUUAACAUUAGGAGAAAACUCAGGUGAUACCUGCAAGUUCACUCUUUGUUGCAGAAAUCACCACUGUUUACAUAGAUAAAGCCAACUCCCUUCUUAGCUUUGCUAGGAAUAACUGGUGAAUCAAAGCAUCUAUUUUGCUGAUAAAUGCUUGCUUACAAAAAGCUAAAUGUUGACACUGUACAGCAGGGCUUUCAGUAGACUCAUGAUAUGCUCUGGUGUGGUCUGUUGCUCUGGCUGAGAAACUGACCCACCAGGUUAGGGUGGCCAGAAGCAAGUUAAGUCCUUUAUCCUUCUACAACACCUGCCAUCCAUUUGUCUCCCAAUGAGAAGUGAAUUUUGAUCGUGACGGCCUUCCAUGGAAAGAUCUAAACUUGUCGACAUCACACUGUAUCAGAUACCAGUUUUCUCUUCAAAAAUCAAAACGGUAGAGCUGUCGAAAAUCUCACUUGCUGAUACUGUAAAGUGCGGAUGCAUGUGACGUCAUUCUGAGCGUCUGCACAUGUGUGAGCGGCAAAAUCCUGAAGUAACCUGUUCCAUUACUUCUGGGCCACCGUGGGAGGCAACCUGAAAAGAUUUAACCCGAAGCGACUUUAACCUGAGAUAUGAUUGUUGUUAUUUCUCACUGAUUUUCCAUAGGUAUUGCAUUAUCAAAUGGUCACACCUGGAGGCAACAGAGACGCUUUAUUGUAGUUACUCUGCGGAAGCUGUGGUGGGAAAAGAAAGGCAUGGAGCAGCAAGUAGCAGAGGAGGCCCAUCAGCUCGUGGAGGUUUUUGCACGUUCAAAGGGUAUGUGAUGCUAAGUGAUGGUGCUGAGCUCGCAUAUGGAGAUAUAUUUGUGUCCUACCUCUGUCCACUUUAGAAAGGAAUGUGAUAUGCUUUUCUUGGUUCCUAAUGGAGAUCCCAGCAGUUUCUCUUGGCCCCCAUGAAACCCCACUCUCAGUAUGAACUGGACCAGCUGAGCUAACAUUAGUAUAACUUUAUUUUGCAGGACAACCACUUGACCCCUCCUUGCCCAUCACUACUUCAGUCUCCAACAUGAUAAGUGCUGUGGCUUUUGGGCACCGGUUUGCUCUUGAAGAUGAAAGGCUCCAGAAGCUGAUAGAAGCCAUAGAAUUUUCCCUACAAUUUCUAUGUAGCUUUGGUUAUGCUGUGAGUAGUCAUUUCCAUUCCUGCCAAACAGGUCUCCCAAGGGCCUUAAUACCACAAAUCAGUAUUCUGAUAGAGGGUUGGAGAAGUGAGAUCAGGUUUAAAUUGAUCUGAGAUAAGGGCCACUUACUAUCUCACAGCCUGAUCAAUUGCUCAUGAUUAUCAUUGAGAUAAAAAACACGCAAACCCCCACCCCAGCAACAAAAGAAGAUUUUGUCCACCACAGGAGACUCUUUGGAGGGAAGAUGGGACAAAAAUGAGGAACAAUGAGUUGAGAACAGGUCAUCUAGAGCCCACCAAGGGGAAGAGAGGUGAACAAAAUAAUCUCAAGAAGGGAAUUACAUCGUUUUGUUGCCAUCAUGAAAAACUAAAUGUGUCUACUCUAUACCCACCUAGCAGUGGCAAUCAUGAUGACAUCCAUGGUGAGGCCCCUGCAGCCACCAGUUGGCUGGAAUUUUUUUUAAUGAAAGAGAGACCAGCAACUCAAGCACUAUCGCUAUUGCUGAGGAAAGCAGCCCCUUCUGGAUGAUCAACUAAACCCUUUCCUCAAAUUUAAGUUCAGUUCUCCACAUUUCUACCUCCAUUCCUAAUCUAUAUAUAAAAAAAAAGUACUCAUGAAACUUACUUGAAUUUCCCCCCACCCCUAUUCGUCACCCACCCCCACCUACCACAAAAGGGCACUAACUUGUUCCAGGAGAGGUCCUGAGAUUGUGCCCAGUUUUGGAAUUAUGCCGGGGAGCUGGAAAAAUAUUUUGAGCCAUAGUUUUCUUUCACAUUUUCAGCUAGGGAUAAAUCACAGAAUCCAAUCAUUGUGGGAUUCCAGAGAAGCUGGAGAGUCUUCGUAGUGAGACUCAAACUAAUAUGCUAGCCCUGAAGAAUAAUGCAGAUCAUGUUUUUAAAGUGCAAUUCCAAAGCACAAAUGGUUUGAACAAGCUUCCUCAUGGUAAUGGCAGCAUUUCUGCUAUUCUUCCUUUAGCUUUAUGAAAUGCUACCAUGGCUCAUGAAACAUCUCCCAGGGCCCCACAAGAAGGCCCUGUCCUGCAUGGAGAUGGUGCGUUCAUUUGCAAAGGAGGAGAUAGAGAAGCAUAAGGAGAAUCAGUCUGUGCAUGAGCCACAGGAUCUCAUUGAUUUCUAUCUACUUCAGAUGGAGAAAGUAAGUAUCUGCUUGAAACCGAAUGCUGCUCAUCCAAGGAAUCAUUAUAUUCCAUUUUAUGAGUGAAUAAUAAUCCUGAAAAAACAGAGAGAGGAGCUGAGGGAACUCUUUCUUUUUGGGGAGGGGAAAAUAGGGGGGGAUUGAGAAUGAUAUGUUUUUGAUUAAUUGUUAUGUUUAAAUCUUUAAUAAAAAAUAAAAAAAUAAAUAUAAGUAAAUACUAAUCUCUUGCCAGGACACCAAUACCUCUCUCUGCCCCCCCCAUUCCCACAUAGUCAUUUUAAUUGCUAAAGUGAGUUGACAUCCUUCCAUAGGCAUCUACUAAAAUAGCUAGGAAAGGAUAGAUAUUUUCAUGUACAAAUGUGAAUGCAAAUGAGUAUCUGCUUCAAAACUGUAGGCAGCGCAUUCAAGGAAUCAUUAUAUUCCCUGUUAUAUGUGAAUACUAAUCCCUUGCCUGGAAACCAGUACAGUGGUACCUUGGUUCUCAAACUUAAUCCGUUCCAGAAGUCUGUUCCAAAAUCAAAGUGUUCCCAAACUGAGGCAUGCUUUCCCAUAGAAAGUAAUGGAAAACGAAUUAAUCCAUUCCAGACUUUUAUACACAACCUCUAAAACAGCAAUUUAACGUGAAUUUUACUAUCUAACGAGGCCAUUGAUUAAUAAAAUGAAAGCAGUAAUCACUGUACUGUACUAUAAAAUAAAUAAAACAGUAUUGUGGAUGAUAACAAUUAAAAUUAAAAUUCUUUCUUACCUGCGCUGAUGAUAGUCAUUGUUUGGAUUGUGGGUUUUUAUCCAUUUCCGUAGUCACACAAUCAAUCAAUCAAUCAAUCAAUCAUAAAAUGAAGAACAAGCUACAGUCACAAAAAUGAAAAGGCCACACAAACAAAAACGUAAAAACAAAACAAAAAUAAAAGCACCAAAUAUAAGCUCCAAAUAUCACCUCAGAACACUUCAAUCAGAAAUGGAAGGCUUUGAUUACAAUUGGGGGGGGGGCGCAAAUUAGCAGCGCAACAGUGAAAAUGGAAGCUCAGGAGCACAUUCAGAUUCUGAAGCAAAGUUCGCAAACCGAAACUUCCAGGUUUGCAGCAUUCAAGUUCCAAGUUGUUCGGGAACUAAGCUGUUCGAAAACCGAGGUACCACUGUGUCUUUUCCCCCCAAUCUCUAUUGAAAAUCGCAUUGAGUUUCCUCCAAAUAUUUCUCAUAGUCAAUUUAGUUGCUCAUCCAUCCAUAAGCAUCUAUAGAAAUGUCUAGGAAAUGUGAGUGUAAAGGAGUGGAAACUUAAGUGUAUUAUGGGGUCUUGUUUUGGAGCAUUUUUUGGAUUGAUGUUUAUCUGACAUUCAAAUGUGGACUGAGAAAACAGAAAAUCCAAAACAAAAUAUUCUUAAGUUAACUAUGACUUCAAAUCCCUGUCUCAUCCAUCUUCAUAUACUAGAAAGGACAAAAUAUAUUUUCAUCUUUCCCUCUUUGAACAAUGCUUAUUAUGGUGAAAAAAGAACUGUUAAAUAUGUUUAGUGGGAAGUGCCAUAUUUCACCACAUAAUUGUCACAUUUUUAUGCAAAUUAUUCUUUUUCAAAAAAGGGAGUUGUGACAAUUAUGUGGGGAAAAACUAAGGCAUGACCCUUAUGCGAGGAAACAUUUUUUAUUAACAAACAUACUUAUGGUAACAUUGCUUAUUACUUGUUACUAACUGUUUUUGGUGUGAUUAGGAUGCACAGAAUACUUGUGAACAGGUAAAGGUAGUCCAAAUCAGGGCAAGGCAAUUUCAUGCACACUGAGAAUGCCCUGUGACUAUUGUGUGUUGAAUGCUUUGGGACUGAUUUUAAGGCUUGAGAAAAGUAGCUCGACUAUUAUGUGGUGGUGACCAUUAGGCAGUGAAAUACGGUAGCACACAUUUGAAAUAUCUGAUGCCAGUGUUUCCACUGGAUCCCUCUCUUCAUGCCACUGUUGGCUUAUUACACCAACCCACAGAUCCUGAAAUCUAGCACUAGCAGCUACCACUGUAAAUACAGGAAAUUGUGUGUGGGUUUCUUUUCAUAACCAGCUAUGAAGCACAGGGCCAGUCCACCCAUGAGGCAGGCUGUGACAGCUGCCUUGGGCAGUGGAAUGCCAACAGGAGGCAUCUCUGGGGGUGUGCUGCCUAGCCAGCUGCUAGUGGAGAAGCAAAGGGGACAGCUUCUGGCAAGAUUUCAACAAAAUCUUCCAAGAUCUCACCGAGCCCCCUGUUGUUGCCACUUUGUGGACACUGCUGUGCAACCCAGGUAAGGCAGGCAGCAGCAACAGGAUUUCUUCUUCAUCUUUGGUGAUCACUCGUAGCCAAGAUUGUCUUCCAUAAACACGGUUUUAACAAUGAGUCCGCAAGUCACUGUGGAGGCCAAUUCUGGAUUCACACGUCCUUCCACAGUGGAGACAUUGGUUUCCAGAAGGGAGAUGAUCCUGGUGUGGAUUUGCCAAGCAUGCCUUCCUCUUAGCAGGUUUCUCCCUUGUGUCCUGAGUUUGAGUAUCUUCAAAACCCACGACACCUUUGGUAAAGGCUGUUCUCCAACUGGAGUGCUCACAGGCAAGUGUUUCCCAAUUGUUGGUGUUAAUGCUACAUUUUAAAAAAAUUGCCUUAAGACAGUCUUUAAACCUCUUUUGUUGACCACCAGCAUUACACUUUCCAUUUUUAGUUUGGAAUAGAGUAGUUGCUUUGGAAAACGAUCAUCAGGCAUCCGCACAACAUGACCAGUCCAAUGAAGUUGAUGUUGAAGAAUCAUUGGUUCAACACUGGUGAUCUUUGCUUUCAGCCUGCUCAGAUUAAACAGCUUUCCAUCUGUUUAAUAUAUGAUAUCUACUCUGGUGGAGAGUUUCCCUUCAACAAAGUGUAGGAUCAUGGCAAUGAAAAUAAUGAAUAGUGUUGGGGCAAUAACACAACCCUGUUUAACACCUGAUCCCACUGUGAAUGGUUCACUCUGAGAGCCAUUGUUAUCCUUGAUUGUGGCUGUCAUAUUAUCAUGGAGGAGCCAAAUGUUGUUCACAAAUUUAUCUGGGCAGCCAAUCUUCAGAAGGACAGUCCACAGGGCAUUAUGAUUUACAGUGUCAAAAGCCUUAGUUAGGUCAAUAAAUGCCAUAUACAAGGGUUGGUUUUGCUCUCAGCAUUUUUCUUGAAGCUGUCUAGUGGUGAAAAUCAUGUCCACUGUCCCCCUAGAAGGCCAAAAACCAUUUUGGGAUUCAGGAAGGGUCACCUUGGAUAUUGUUAAGAGACGGUUUGCUAAGAUCCUUGCAAGAAUUUUGCCAGCCGCAGCUAAUAGAGAAAUGCCUCAAUUCUGUCACCUUUUAAAAAGAGAUUGAUAAUUUUGGCAUCCCUAUGGUCUGCUGGGAUUUCUUCUCUCUCCCAGAUUGUUUCGAUGAGCUUGUGAAGUUGUUGUGUAAGUUCAAUUCCACCCACUUUGAAGACUUCAGCAGGUAUUCUGUCAGGUCCACUGGCUUUGUUGUUUUUCAUUUGGUUAAUGGCUGUACACAACUCUCCCAGAUUAGGAGAUACUGCAAGCUCAUCUCUAACUUGUUUUUGCAGAAUUUGUGAGAGGACCUCAGCAGCUAUGGGGGAGUUGCGGUUAAGGAGAUGUUGGUAAUGUUCUUUCCAGUGCAGUGCAGUAGCUUCUUUAUCUUUUAGAAGUGUGGUACUGUCUGCUGAGCAUAGGGGGCAUAUGCCAUGAUUUAUUGGCCCAUACAUGGUCUUUGUGGCUUUAAAGAAAUUCUGUGCAUCAUGAGUGUCAGCUAAGCACUGGAUCUCUUGAGCUUUUUUUAAUCCACCAGGUGUUUUUUAGUUCUCUGGUUCUUCUUUGAACCUCAGCCUUAGCGUUGGCAUAGGUUUUUUUUUUCCUUAGUGGCACAGUUUCUGUCUCUUUGUCAGAUCUGAAAGGCCUUCCUUUUCUUGUCAAUCAUGUGUUCAAUCUCACUGUCUUUCUCAUCAAACCAGUCCUCGUGUUUCUUGGUUUGCUAUCCGAUACUUUGUUCACAGGCUGCAAUAAUGAAUGUUUUUAGCUUGGUCCAGUGUUCCUCGAUGUUAUCAGGGAAUUCUGAAAGCAGAUGGUCCUUAAGAGUUGUUUGGAAGCAGAUUCAGAAAUUUGGGGAAGUGGCAGGAUUUAAAUUAAACAGGAAUAAAACAAAAUGCCAGUUAAAAACUUGAAGGAAGAAGAAAAAAAAGAAUUGGAGCAAAACAUUGAUAUAGAAGUCCAUAAAAAGGUUAAAUAUUUAGGUAUAUGGCUAACAUCAAGAAAUAUAAACUUAUACAAAGACAAUUAUGAAAAAAUUUGGCUUGAGAUAAAAAGAAAUUUAGAAAUAUGGAGCAGAAUGAAUCUCUCACUGUUGGGAAAAAUAGUGGCAGUUAAAAUUAAUGCGCUUGCUAAAGUGCUAUUCCCCUUCAAAUCAGUCCCAGUAAUUGUGAAAGAUGAAUGUUUUUAAAAAUGGCAGAAAGAAAUUUCUAAGUUAAUCUGGGGGGGGGAGCAAAAGGCCAAGGAUAAAAUAUAAGCUACUUACAGACAUAAAAGAUAGAGGCGGUUUUGCCCUCCCAGACCUUAAAUUGUAUUAUGAAGCUGCAUGCCUGGUAUGGAUUAGGGACUGGAUGAAGUUGGAAAAGCAAGAAGCAUUAGAAUUGGAAAAACAUGACAAUAGAUUUGGCUAGCACACAUACUUAUGGUAUGGGAAAGGGAAGGUUCAUAAAAGUUUCUAUAACUAUAUAAUUAGGAAAUCAUUAAUGAGAGUAUGGGAGAGAUAUAAAGAUUUGUUAGAACAGAAGACCCCUUGGUGGCUUUCACAACAUGAAGCUUUACUGCUCAAACCACUUGGAAAGAAAGGAAAGUGCUUUACGUAUGUUGAUUUGCUAAAGCAUCAAGGAGGAAAAUGGAAACUAAGAGAUUAUGAGGAAAUAAAAGACCACUUUCAGAGUUGGUUACACUAUUGGCAACUACAUGAAAUAUACAAAGAAGACAAUAAGAAAGGAUUUAGCUAUACGACAUCUAGAUUCCAAAAGGAAGUUGUAGAAGGGAAGGUGAAGCUGCUGAAAGGUGCAUAUAGUAUUCUGCUAGAAUGGGAAACAAAAAAUGAAGAGGUGAAAUCAGUUAUGAUUAAAUGGACACAAGAUAUAGAACACAAAAUAAUGUUUGAAGUUUGGGAAAGAUUGUGGAAAACUGAUUCAAAAUAUACAGAUUGCUCUUUGCUGAAAGAAAAUUACAUGAAAAUGAUGUAUAGAUGAUAUAUAACAUGAGUGCAAAUAGGAAGAAUGUAUAAAACUGGUUCAACUAUGUCUUGGAAAUGUAUGGAAAAAGAAGGGACUUUUUACCAUAUGUGGUGGGAUUGUAGCAAAAUUAAAAAAAUUCUGGGAAAUGAUAUACAAUGAGUUGAAGAAAAUGUUCCAAUUAACAUUUAUAAAAAAGCCUGAAGCAUUUUUGUUAGGGAUUGUAGGAAAAGACCUGCCAAGGAAAUUGAAAAACAUCUUCAUGUAUGGGACAACAGCGGCAAGAGUCUUAAUAGCACAAGGAUGGAAAAAUGAAGAAAUCCUGACCAAAGAACUGUGGCAAGAGAAACUGAUGGAUUAUGCGGAACUGGUGAAAUUGACAUACAAACUAUGUGAUAAGGACAGCUGUGAUUUUAAAGAAGAAUGGGAACCCUUUACAAAGUACUUAAAGAAACAAGAAAAUGAACUGGACUCCUUGGCAGGUUUUGAAGAAACAUUCACAACCCUUUUAUUGGUAAUAUAUAGAUAGAUAAAUUAAGGAUAUCUACAAUUUUAUAACAUGCAGAGAUAUUAUGUGCUGAAAAACCAGAGAGAGAAGCUGAGGGAAGUCAGGGUGGGUGGGAGGGUGGUUUUUUUCUUUUUGGGGAAGGGGGAGGGAAAAUGGGGGGGGAAUGAGGAUGAUGUAUUUUUGAUAAAAUGUUAUGUUGAAAUUCCUAAUAAAAAUAUUUUAAAAAAAUAGAGUUGUUUGGAAGCAAUCCCGGUUAAUGGGAUCUUGAAGGGCUUGAGUGUUCAUUUUGCACCUUGGUUUCCUUCCUUGAAGCCUGUGUUGAGGUAUAAUCUUGAUAGCCAUCGUGGAACGUAUUAGUCGGUGAUCUGUCCAGCAUUUGUUGGCACUCGUCAUGGCUCUGGUAAGGAGCACAUCAUGGAAAUCUUUAGCACAGACAAUAACAUAGUCUAAGAGGUGCCAGUGGUUUGACUGAGGAUGCCUCCAUGAAGUUUUAAAUUUAAUUUUUUUGUUGAAUGAGUGUGUUGGUAAUAGUAGCCUGUUGGUUUUUGGUGAGUUUACCAGAAGUCUGGUAGGGACUUCUGACAGGAGCUUUACAAGAUUGUUUUUGAUAGCGAAGCCUACCUCAUGUAUUUGACAUUCUUGUUCAGAUAGACCUUUCCAGAAGAAUGUGUAGCCUCCUUUUUCUUCCUUCAGUUGUCCCUUGCCUGCUCUUUGAGUCUCUUGAAGCACUGCAAUAUUGAUGUUAAAACGUCAAGUCUCUCUUGCAAUGAUGGCAGUUCUGUGUUCAGGAUGCUCAUUAUCUGUGUUAUAUCUGUCCAUAUAUUCCAUGUUCCAAAGUUCAAUUGUCUUUUACCACCGCUGGGUGGUGACCCCACUGGGCGUGGUAAUCCAGUCAGGGAAAAAAAGAGGCAGACUAUGUUUAGGGCACCUUUUCUAGCCUCUCCCCCAUUUUGGAGUGAACAGAGUAGAUCCUAAAAAGGGCUGCUCAGUCAUGGAUACAGCUGCCGAGCUGCUCAACUGCCUUGUUCCUUGAGUCAGAAUGACUGAAUCUGUAUCCACCGCCCAUGUGCUGUUUCAUGACUAAGGGCUUCCAGAUUUCACAAUCCUGCCCCUGUUACCAUAUGCUGAUCACCAUGGAACUUUGGGUGUUUGGGUUUGGGAUGGGUUUUUUUGGAAGACGCCUGUACAUGAAUUUGUUUUAUGUCUGUAGAUCAGUGCACACUAACCAAUGAACAGUCUUCGCAGUAAGGCUCUGUUCUGAUGGCAUGAGUUGUCAUUGCGACCGGUAAAUUCCAUUGUAACAUACCACUUGUUAUCACCCGCCUGUUCUGCCGUUGAUGACUUCUUGGAUCAUUCUUUGUCUAGCUCCUCCCCUUUGACCUUACUGCCUUGGGGGACCCUGCUGGGAGUAUGAGAUUCCCAAUGGCUUCACUCACAAGGGUCAUAGGAAUGUGCAAGCCCACUCACCAUGAAAAGGUGAUGAUCCAGCAAGUGAGGGCAGCAACAGUAAGGGGGGUGGCAGCAGCUUCCCAUUUCACCUUAGGCACUAUAAGAGGACACCCCACCUCUCAUGAAGCAUGUGUGGGUGGUAUGGUAAUAAUUGGGGGAAAGAAGGUAAAGUGCUGAAGGACAGAAUGUAAUGCAUGUAAAUGACAUGUCACUUUCCCCAUUUUCAACACCAGAGCAGGAAUGACCCAGAGUCCACCUAUGAUGAAGAAAACUUGGCCCAGUGCAUUUUUGACCUCUUUGUAGGAGGGUCGGACACAACCAGGGGUUCUUUGCAAUGGGCACUUCUCCUCCUGGCAAGUCAUCCAGAUAUCCAAGGUGAGAGAGGAGAGCCAGGGCUUCUCUUGACCACUAGGGUGGAGCAUAGUUCUUUAAAGGUGUCAUAUCGGAAAGAGUUAAAAGUGAGUUUAUGAUGUAAAUUAUGGAAGGUAAACGAUAUCGAAAUAAGCUAAAUGUUUUUGACUUUCAUGUCUGGAAAGAUAUUUUCCCCACCAAGAUUUUCCUACAUAGUUUCUAGAACCUAUAAUUAACAGAAGGAAAAAAGUAAAAUGCCCAGAAAGCUGGGACUGGGGGGAAACCAUGGGCCUUGCCCUACAUUCACUGAAUGAGCAGAAUAGUCAAGUAACAGAAUAAAAUGUCUCUAGGAAGUUUAUAGUUGGAGAUGAGUUUCAUGGCAAUGCUCUGUCAUUUGUCAUAAGGAAGCCUACAAUAGUAGGGUUGGAAGGGACCCCAGGGGUCUUCUAAUACAACCCCCUGCAAUGCAGGAAUCAACACAUUCCCCCCCUCCAGUUUGAUACCAUACCACAACCUGUUUUGUUUUGCAAAUCUGCUAGCAGUUUCUUUAUGCAGCAAAUGUACAAGAAUGCCCCUGCUGUGAAAUAAGUAACUGAGCCUCAUUCCUGCCUCUCCAUGCUCCAUUACAUGAGGGAUGCGGGUGGCACUGUGGUCUAAAGCACUGAGCGUCUAGGGAUUGCUGAUUAGAAGGUUGGCAGUUCGAAUCCAUAAGACAGGUGAGCUCCUGUUGCUCUGUCCCAGCUUUUGCCAACGUAGCAGGUCGAAAGCAUGCCAGUGUAAGUAAACAGGAAAUAUUGAGGGCUGGGGGUGGAGAAUGAAUAUAUGACAGUCUUUGAUCCCAGCCCUUCAGCAAAUCCAGACAGUUCUGGCAACCAGAAACUACUGAGAUGAGCUUCACUUUCAACCUUUUCUUACCUGGGAUCUAAGCGGGGAAGGACCAUAUAGACUGACUUAAACUCUUUGGAGGACGAGGUGGGCUUUGAAUGCAAGAACUUGGGACUCAUUCACAGAGAUUUAUGGAAUAUGUUCAAGGGAAAUAAAUGUCCAACUGAAAUAAAAUGCAGUAUUAACAAUCAUUAUCUGUUUCCGUCAUUCUCUUCAGAUAAAAUGCACAAGGAAAUAGAAGAUGUCAUAGGUUCUGCUCACUCAAUCUGCUAUCAAGAUAAGAAGAAACUGCCCUACACCAAUGCUGUGAUUCAUGAGAUGCAGCGCUUUAAAUUUGCCAGUUUUUGGGGUUCCCUAGGCAAUGUACAAAGGAUUUGAAGCUGCGUGGUUUUCUCAUUCCCAAGGUAUAACAGUAUGAUACAGCUGCACUCCUGUAGCCCAAGAACAAAGAGCAGCAAAAGGUUGCAUAUUGAGAGAUGCAGCCAGCCGUACAGGAACUUCCUGUCUAGUCAAAAAUCUGAAGGGCAAGAGCAGGAGCUCCAUCUGCAGACAUGUUUCACCAUCAGCAAGUGCCAUUCCAUGGGGCAAUUGUGGCAGGGGAGAAGCAUGUAGUGGCCAGAGGUCUCAGCCUGCUUGUGAGCUUUCAUUUUAAAAGAGGUGGGGGAAAGUCCCCUUGUGUCCUGCCUGUACAGAAAGUUUUUACAGUGAUGAAUACAAAGCCACCCACCAAAAUAAUAAUAAUAAUAAUAAUAAUAAUAAUAAUAAUAAUAAUUCAGAUCAGUAUCUGCAAUGAUUAGUCUUGGGAUAGUGUGGGACUUAUUGUAUUGAUGUGAAUGCAUUCCAAGUCACUUGUUUCUUAUUUGCAGGGGACUAUGAUUAUUCCCGAUCUGCGCUCUGUUCUUCUUGAUCCAACACGAUGGGAGACACCUGCAGAGUUCAACCCAAAUAAUUUUUUGGACAAGGAUGGACAAUUCGUGAACAGAGAAGAAUAUCUGCCAUUUGGUGCAGGUAAAUUCAGAAGACCAAGCUAUGUUGUGAUCUGUAGAUGUGCUUACUGGUCUGCUUCCAGGAAAUGACAUCAGCAGCAGCACAGGAGGGAGUGGGCCGGAGCAGAAGGAGCAUCUUUCUAGCUGGAGUGGCACUGCUGGUCAGCAGAAUGGGGCAAGGCACUGGCAAGUUAAGGGGAUCUCUAGGUUGGUGGCUUGGGACCAGAGCCAUAGCUAGGUGAUCUUGCGCCCCUGACAGAACUGUCCAGAUUGCGCUCCCUUGUUGUUGUUGUUUAGUCGUUUAGUCGUGUCCGACUCUUCGUGACCCCAUGGACCAGAGCACGCCUGGCACUUCUGUCUUCCACUGCCUCCCGCAGUUUGGUCAAACUCAUGCUGGUAGCUUUGAGAACACUAUCCAACCAUCUCAUCCUCUGUCAUCCCCUUCUCCUUGUGCCCUCCAUCUUUCCCAACAUCAGGGUCUUUUCCAGGGAGUCUUCUCUUCUCAUGAAGUAUUGGCGCCUCAGCUUCAGGCUCUGGCCUUUCCAGGGCUGAUUUCCUUAAGAAUGGAUACAUUUGAUCUUCUUGCAGUCUCCUCCAGCACCAUAUUUCAAAAUAAUCAAUUCUUCGGCGAUCAGCCUCUUUAUGGUCCAGCUUUCACUUCCAUACAUCACUACAUACUGGGAAAACCAUCGCUUUUACUGUACAGACCUUUGUUGGCAAUGUGAUGUCUCUAUUUUUUAAGAUGCUGUCUAGGUUUGUCAUUGCUUUUCUCCCAAGAAGCAGGCGUCUUUUAAUUUCGUGGCUGCUGUCACCAUCUGCAGUGAUCAGUGUAACAUUCAUAUAGAUAUUAAAAAGCAUGGGGGAGAGGACGGAACCCUGAGGCACCCCACAAGUGAGAGCCCAGGGGUCUGAACACUCACCCCCCCCCCACUUUCUGGACACGGCCCAGGAGGAAGGAGUGGAACCACUGUAUGACAGUGCCCCCAGCUCCCAGCCCCUCUAGACGGUCCAGAAGGAUGUUAUGGUCGAUGGUGUCAAAGGCCGCUGAUAAACAUUCUGAAUAACACUUUGGCAAAACAGACAUAGUUAGGAUAGGGAAAACAUCAAGGCUGCUGUCAAUUGUCUAGCCUGGUCAGUGCUAACCUUUUUUUCUUCUUGCUAUACUUAUGUUUUGUUCCCAUCUCAUAUCAAGGAAGAUACAUUCAGGAAGAGGAUGGAUUGAAGAUGAAGGGUCCUGUGGGAGGGGCAGGGCAGAGAGCAUCUCCCAGGGCUAGAAGCCAGUGUAAGAGGGUCUAGCUCCCAGUGAGAACUGGGAGGGCUCACUUUUCUGUGUGCAGAAUAAGGGUGAAGAUUUAAUUUUGAUAGAGGACCUUGUAAUUUCCUUUAUUUCUUUUCAAUCUUUUCUUCCUUUCCUAUUUUUUUUAUUUUCCCUUUUAGAUUAGCAUGGCUAUUAUUGUGUCUCACGCAUAAAACGUUCAAUAAAACUUGAUUUUUAAUAAUGAAAGGAAAACUUUGGUCAACUGCCCAAAUCAGCAAUGCAGAAAGGGGUUAAGACCAUGAGCAAACUGUCCUGCCAGGUUUACUUUACCUUGGUAGGAACUAGCAUUGCUGCCUGAAGAGAAGUUGGGUGGCUUGCAGUGGUGAUGUGUGACAGGGAACAGCAGUAUCCUGGUGCUUGCAGUGCUGCUUCUCUCAGGGACAGGGCAGGAGUGGCAUAUGUAGGGAGGUCCAGAUGGUAAACAAUGGAGGCCCCAUAGUUGUAUGUGCACGUGUGGGUCCCAAGUAGGGCCGUAGCUAGAGGGUGGUGAUAUGGGCCCCCACCAGGGGCGCAGAAUCGGCUAAAAAUAUGUCACCUUCUCUUUCUCUAGCAGUAGCAGCAGCAGCAGCAGCAGCUGGAUCCCGCAGCCCUGCACCACAGCGGGUAUGGAGGGGAAAGGAGCACAGCGCGGCUCCCUCAGACAGCACAUUCGCUUUCCCACCUCAGCUGGAACGGACCAUUGGGAAUCUCGGGCAUAGGGGAUCCUGCUGCUGCUGCGAAUGCUGCCACCAGUAGCAGGACGCUGCUUGCCUCCCUGGCUGCUUAAGAGCGCUUCUCUCCCCUCCACCUUUCUCACUUUCUUACCCACCCCUCUGCCUUUCUCACUUCCUGGUUUUUGCGGGACUUCUGAAGAAUGCAUGCUCCAAUCGCAUGGCUGAAUCGUUACCUUAGGGUAGCAGCCAGGCAGGGCAGGGCGAUCGCUCCAAGGGUGGAUCGAGCGCUUGGAUGGGGAACGAAAAGAAAAAAAGGGGGGGAGGAACAGGCGGGAGAGGAGAGGAGAGAGUGGAGAUUUGCCUUGUGUUGGGUUGAAAUAACGAGAGACGAGUAGCAAGUGUCAUGUGAGAGGCAUCUCUCGAGCAAGCCCCGAGGAGACUCUUUUAUUGAAUAUUACAACAUUGCCACAGGUGCGCUCGUUGCUGAUUGGUCGGCACAAACACAAAGCAACUCGUUGCUGAUUGGUUAACACAAGUACAAAGCAAAGGUUACAUAUAGGCAUUAAUCACCAAUAGAUUAAAGGCUGGGAAAGGGAGCACAGAACUAGACAGGCAUGAAACCUCCUAAUUAAAUUAUAACUAGUGAUUGAUGUAGCAAGACUAAAACAAUUACUAAUGAUUGAUCAUAACAUGAAAGAAUAUAAUAAUCGCGUUCCAUAGAUGUGGUCAACUAUGCAUUAAGAACAGGUCAGUAUAAUGUAUUCAUGAACUUAAUAUGAACUGAACAUCCUAGGGAGAUGAGGGAAUGUCUUGGUAUUUAGAACGGGUUGUGCAGCAUGUGCAGAAGCAGAGAAAAGCUUAGAAGCAAGACUUCCCAUCAUGCCACGGUCAUGUGCAGAAGCAGAGCUUCCCUUCAGCCUUGAGCAUCAAUUGUUAAGUUAUUAUGCUUUUGUGUGUGACUUCUGCGGAAACGCACAAACGCGUCCUCGCGCCAACUGGCUAACUUACAAAUCUGCCCCGUAAUCUCCUCUCUGAAAUGAAACAUUCCAAGCAGGGAGGCUCAUCGGCAAUCCAGUAGCCUUUCUGAGAAAGGGAAAGAUUUUGUUUCCGACUGCAAUCUAUUUAUAUGGAAUUGCACAGUGCAAACGGCAAGGCUAGCUGUUUAUGCUUUUCCUCAUGUGAUGUGAAUAGAAAUAUUGUUUUGCAAGGUGGAAUAGCCUUUGCACAGAGAAAGAGGGAGGGGGGAGUCAAACGCUUACAAUGCGAGCUGAAAAUAGGGUGGUAGUCAACUAAGCUUUACUCAGAGUAGACCCAUUAAAAUGAAGGACUAUGACUAAGUCAGGUCCAUUAAUGUCAACAGUUGGCCUUCUCUGAGCUGACUACUGUCCAGAGUUUCUUUCAGACGAAUAGACUGUGAUCCUGGGUCCUAGUAUGGCUCCACUGAAGGAGGGAGAAACAUACUCUGUUGAUGUGCAUGAGCUAAUUUAAUUUGAAACAUUCACUGAAAGCAAAAUCUCUUUUGAGAAUAAAAGUCCUAUAUGUUUCCGAAAGGUCAUGUUCAUGCCUUAGAAUCUAAGGUGGCCCCCAGAUGUUGGUGGGUUCCAACUCCCAUCAGACCCAGAUAGCACAGCCAAAGGCAGGGACGAUGGGUGUUGUAGUCCAACAGCAUCUGAAGAGCCUACAAAAGCAAAGCAGGUCUGGUCUGAUCAGAUGUUUUCAAACUUGCUGAAUACUCAGUGCCUAUUGAACCAAUGAUAUCUGUAGUCAUUAUUUAGCACUUGAAUACUGAGCAGUUAGGCAUAAUCUAAUCCACAAAUAUCCUUGCAAUAAUCAGGUCAGUCAAGCCCCAAGCCAGUAUCCCAAGACCCAAGCAUAUCUGUGGAAAUAGUUGAGCUCAGUUUCCUAAACCCUUGUCUUAUACCAUCCAUCUACACAUAUUCUGGAAACAAAAGUUACUGAAACAAUUUGUUGUUCCAUACCUAUAUAUCUCCAUGAAAAACAUGUUUAUUAAAAGCUGACUAUUUAUUUUCUGUUUCUAUUUCUUAUUUUCUAUUUCUUAUUUUCUCCCAGACUUAGAAAGAUUGUCCACCAACUGGGAAAACCAACAUCUCUCAACUUUCAAUUUCCCUGAUUCUAAAAUUGGAUUUAUUUUUUGUUUGUUUUAGUGAAUCUAUCGCACUAAUUUUCAAGAUUAGUGAAGCACACAGCCAAGGACUCUGUAAGCUAAAUGUGCUACAUAUAUAGUAAAUGUAUAAUAAACCGAUAGCUGGAGGUUUGCAGAAUUUGUAGCACUUUUAGUUGAGGUGGUCAAGUACCGUAUAUGCAUUUGGAGAGUGCCCUAAAUUCCAUACUGACAGACACUUCAGGUGAUUUACACAAAUUGCAUACUUUAGUAGUACUUUGAUCUGCUUUGUUAUGUGAAGUAUCACAGACUGUCAGAAAUUAUCUAGGUAAAUGUUUUAUCUGUGUUAGCAACAGUUCUUUUCUUUUGAAGAGUUGGAAGUAUGUCUACAAUAGUGUUGUGCAAUUCAUUUUUAACUUAGGCAUUUUGUAAGCUCUCUGUUAGAGUUGCUUUUUAGCCUAACAUUUUUGUCACACCUCUUAUACGCAUGCUUCAAAUCAGUGGCAUGCAGUGAAAUUUUCCGUAGGGGAACAGUUAGGGCCUGAGGUGUCGGCUUCCAAGGGUAAUUGUGGGGAAGACGUCAUGUAUUUGAGCAUUGCGCCUCCCUCCCUAAGCCAGGCAGAAGCUUCCUGGUCUUUGAGAAGGAGGCGCCAGUGGAACAUAUAGGGGACUAGCCUAGUCCCCCCAGGUCCACUGACAGCACAUGACUGCUUCAAACAUUAUGCAGCAAUCAAUCCUUGUUUGCACAGCCCAUUUGAAAUAUACUCGGAGUCGAGAGUGGAUUUCAUGCUCUUUAUUCAGCUCAUAGUGGUGAGGAGGAAUGGGAGUCCCGGACUUCCGGGGUGGCGCCAUCGGCAAUGGCGGACUCCCUCUGAUCUGGAGGGACUAGCUCCAUGUGAAACGGGUCUUUUCCGCUACGGCGAGCAGGGACCCUUACAAAAAUCACAGGCGGAUGAAGCCUGUGACCAUGGGACUCGGCGGGCACCCUUAGUGCCCCCCCAACCCGCAAAGGAACCCACUAACGGGCUCCAAAGCGAAGAGGGGGAAGUGGCGCGGUGCUGAGAGUCAACUGCUUCUUCCGUGGAGCGAAGCCACAUAGCCGUUGCCGGAGAGCGCUGCCUUUUUCCUGGGACAAUUUGGCUUCUAAAAUAAUCACCCGUGAGUACUUAAAUUUCGGACAACUGGACUUUAAAUAAGGACUUGCGAGCAGAAAGGAAUUGGACUUAAAAAUUUACUUCAAUUUGGCACUGAAACGGGAAGGUCUAAACAGGAAGUCAGCCUUCCGUUUCUUUGUAGACAGAUUAAAGCAAAGACAAGGUAAACUAGAGCUCAGAAAAUCAAUUCUAAAAGAUUAACUUUCAUCAUUUUAAAUUGUUGAACCCCCUUCGGAAGCAGGAGAAGAAGGGGAUCUUUUUCAGACUGUUUAAACCUGCAGAAGUGAGUUUAAAGUAAAGUAACUUUCCACCGUCUUGAUCCUGGAGUGGGGUGUCAAGACUGACGUUCUUUUUUGAAGCUCAUUGACCAGAGACAACCGUUUUUGACAGAUAGCUAAAAGAAGAGAAACAUAGUGAUUCCACUGUUCCCCUUCGCAUUUUAAAGGAACAAAUAUUGACAAAAUAUCUGAAAAAGGAAACUUUGUUGCUAGAUUUGUCCUUAAAAGAAAGAACAAAUAGAAGUUUUCCCCUUAGAGGAGACUGUGAAACUGUAACCAAUUCCAGGGAGCUUGCAGCUGUUACAGAUUACAAUCGUGGGAAUAGACUUCUGACCUUGAAGGACAAUGUAUUCAGAAGCUCUGUUGUGUGCUCUCUGUAAAACAAAUGCCCUACUGGAACAAUUAAAUGAGAAGACGGAUUUGAUGACUGAUGCGAUCAGAAUUUUUGAACAGGCAGUGGGAAACUAUAUGGAGCCCACCCAGGAAUUAAAUCAGGAGCGUUCCCGACAGAACAGAUGAGAGAAGAGGAUGUUGCUGAAUCUUGGGCGCCAGAGAUGGAGGGAGCUGUGGCCCUGCAGGAACAUCAGCUUUUGGAUUUGACAAAUGAACUUGGAAAAAGCCAGAUUUGGAAAGAUAAAGUUUGGACUGGUUUGGAAAUGGGGGGUUGGAUAGACCCCCCUAUGCAGGGAUGUUUGGACUUUUCAAGUCUGGCAAUGGGCCGUGAGCUGUUUGGGGCUAUGGGGGCUCUUAAUUUUGGAGGGAUUCUGAAACAUGUUUUUAAAUACCACAUGGAGUUUAGUCUGGACUAUGGAAAAGGGGCUGAUUUGUUGAAAAGGGUCAAAAACAUUGCCAAGCUGGAGUUGCCACGAGUGAAAGGAGAAUAUGAAGAAGAGCCGCGGAAGGGACAUGGAAGGGACUUAAGGGCCUCGGAUAUAAGGUUACCAGGUUAAUGCGCUAGAUCAUUGGGAUAAAAAGGACUGACAAAACCCGGGACCAGGAGGAAGGGACGCUGGAUGAAGAUUGGAUUGUUUUUAUUUCUUUUUUUAUUACUAGGAUUGUUUUAUAAAAUUGAUGAAUGUUAGAAAAAUGUUGGAACGAAAUUACUUGGCUUUAGCAAAAAUGUUUAAAGAAUUAGGUAAGAAUAUUAUGGUUAUGAGAAAUUGGUAAAAAUAAGAUUUAAGUUUUAAGGUUCUUUAUAAGAUAAGAUGAAAAUAGAUUAAGGUAAUGUAACAACAGAAUAUUAUGAAAUAUGGAAAGGAUUUGCUGCGACAAUUAACAAGUAGGAUACAGAAAAAGGGAGGAGGAGGAGGUCAAAGAAAGAAGGUAAUGAAAGUUGAGGAUUCGAGAAUGAUGGAUUUGUUUUUGUGUGUUUGUGGUGUAUUUUUGGUUUUUUGAAUUUGUAUUGUUUGAUGUGGUUUGUUUUUUUCUUUGUUUUUUCCUUUUUCUUUUUCUCUUUUGUUCUCUUUUGUAAUUCUAAAAAAUUUUCAAUAAAUAUCAUUAAAUAACAAAAAAGAGGAGGAAUGGGAGUCCCCUCCCCCCGAAUGUCUGCUUUAUAUACAUAAUUUACACAAUGGGCCCCACGUGAUUGGCUAAUUCUGGGAUUCUGCUGUAGGCCAAUCAGGUUGCGGAUUCACUUCCACCUGGAGCUGGAUGGGGUGGCUCCUGUGCACCAAUCAGACUACUCCAUUCUGGAUCCUAUUGUUCUAGGACCAAUCAGACUGCUGCAUUCUGAAUCCUAUUGUUCUGGGACCAAUCAGACUGCUGCAUUUUGGAUCCUAUUCAACUCAGUACAUAACACCAUUUCAACUCCCUGGUGAGCAGCAAUUUAUACACCAGUUUCUGCUGCAUUAAGAGAUGUUUAUCCCGAUAUCAAAAUACAGUCAUACCUCAUUUUGCAGCAGGGAUCCGUUCCGGAGCCCCAGCCACUAGCCGAAAAGGAUGCAGGGCAAAGUGCUGUGUCUGUGCACACGCGUGGAGCUGUUUGCACUUCUGUGCAUGCAUGAAGUGCGAUUUACCGCUUCUGCACAUGUGCAAGCGGCAAACCCGGAAGUAACCCAUUCUGGUACUUCCGGGUUGCCGUGGACAUUCACCGCAAUGGACGCUAUUCAGGGCGGAUGUUCGCAGAGGUAUUACCGUAGCACUGAGAAUAUUUCUCACUAUGCCAGGAAGUGUAGCAUCUUGUGAACAUAGUUUUAAUAAGUUAAAACUCAUACAAAACUACUUAAGAUCAAAUAUGAGUGAAACCAGACUAACAAGUCUAGCAAUCCUGUCCAUCGAGUAUGAACUAGCAUCAAAAACAGAUUUUGAUGAAAUUACUGAGUCUUCUUCGAUUAAAGCUAGAAAAAUAAAGUUCUAAUCACAUCAGACUUCAUUGAGGAGAUUCCUACUUAAAGCCAGAGUCGGCCUAACUUUACUUUUUAAAAAGAUUUCAAAUAACAACUCUUCUGAACAAGAACUUGUAACGUGACUUGUGAAUAAUGUUAAUAGUGUUCUUAUUUAUAUCAACCAAAUACCACAGAUAUUGUGAAAGCAAUGCCAUUUUACAUCAUAUAGUAUUAUAAUAUAAAGUUAUCAUUGUGAAAUAAAUCAGUAUGAUAUUUUUCUACAUUUCAUUUAGGCCUAUCUGUAUACUGUUUUACAACUUAAUUACAUUAAAAAAAACUGUCAACUGCCAUCUAAAUGUCAUUUGUUUUCCUGAAACUUUUUAUUAAGACAUAAUAAAUUAAAUAUUGUAUUUUCUGGGAAAGAAUUCAAUACAAGGUGAAGUGUGUGGGGAAUUGAAUGGCACAGGGUGGGGUGGGGUGGAGGAGAGGCGGAAAGAAGAGCUAAUUUAUCCAUGGCUAGGGAGCGCAAUCUGGACAGUUCUGUCAGGGGUGCAAGAUCACCUAGCUAUGGCUCUGGUCCCAAGCCACCAACCCAGAGAUCCCCUUAACUUGCCACUGCCUUGCCCAAUUCAUAUAGAUAUACAGAACAAAACAUAAGUAUAGCAAGAAGAAAGGAAGGUUAGCACUGACCAGGCUAGAAAACUGACAGCAGCCUUGAUGUUUUCCCUAUCCUGACUAUAUCUGUUUUACCAAAGUGUUAUUCAGAAUGUUACUACAAAGCAAUGAACCUGGGAAAGUAAAUUAUUGCUCACUUACCCUCUUCUUCUUGUCUCCUCUUCAGGGUCUCGCAUAUGUUUGGGAAUGCAGAUGGCAAAGAUCGAAAUAUUCAUCUUCCUGACCAGCCUGCUGAGGGCAUUUAGUUUGCAGCUGCCAGAAGGAGUCAAAGAGCUCAAUCAAGAGGCUAUAAUAGGGACUACAGCACAUCCCCAUCCUUAUAAACUCUGUGCUGUUCCCCGUUGCAACACAUAA